CUUUAGGUUGGCAGAACUGGACUACUGCAGUGAGAACGUUUUGUUUAAAGCACCCUCUUGACCAGCUUAACGUAGAAUACUUGUCGCACGCUGGAUCUGAAGAAGGGUAACAUUUGUGACUGAUCAGUUUAAAAGUUUCUGUCGUGUGAUCUGGAGUCUGCAGUAGUAUUGACGAAGUGUGUUUUGAAUCUUGCAUCACUGGCUUGGCCAGCAUUUAUUGCCCAACCUGAAUUGGUCUUGAGAACGUGGAGAAGAGCUGCCUUGAACUACGCCAGUCCUUCUUGUGAAGCUCAUCAAGUGUCACCAGGAUCCAAAGGUGGAGCAACUAUACAUCCAUACCAGAGCCUGUUGAAUGUUUUCGGGGACAUCCAGAUGCAGGGUGCACAUGAGACACUGCAUCUUUGAACUUGUGCCUAAAGCAAUAAGAGAAGGAAGAAUUUAUUUUCACAACUAUUUUUGAAUGUCAAAGAACAUGAAGUAGAAUAACAUAAAUUUACAAAGAUUUAGAAACUAUCCUGUCACCAGCAGUUGAAAGGGUCAAACUACAAUAUUAGUGGAGAAAUGUAAAAGAAUCAAAAUCUCUAUUUCAUAGAAUCUGUAACUGAAAUAAAAUUUGAAAUUAUACAUUUACCAAGUAAUCUGAUCAAGCUGAAAAGAUGAUUGAUCUAAGUUACCUAACGGAGGAAGAGCAGGCGAAUAUCUUGAGGGUGCUGCAGAGAGAUGCAGAGUUGAGAAAAGUGGAAGAAAAAAGAAUUGGGCAAUUGCAAAUUAAAAAUGAAAUUCAACGUAAGAAUAUGACUGGUGAGUGGUUUUAUAAAGCCAAGGCAAGGAGGCACAAAGAUACACUACAUGGGGCUGAGCUAAUCGAGGCAUCAAUGCGGAGGAAGAAACCCACGACUAUAUAUGAACGUCUCCAGUCCAGGGAGUUCAAGGAGAAAUCCAACAGCUUUUUGAAAAAUGCUGGGACCAGUAUUUUUAUACCACCUGAACUUUCUUUUUUCCUACAACCAAAGUUGGAAGAACCUCAAAAUAGUAGAACAGCUCAUAAAGAAAACAGAGCUCAACCACAACAGCAACAGCUGCCAAGGAAGACCUCUCCAUCACCAGGAAAGCAAAGAGAAAACCCAUUCAACAAAUCAUUCCCGUCAGCUGAUUAUCCAAAUGAACAAGAGAGACCACCACUAUCUGUUGGGAAGCAGUCAACAUCUAUGCAGGAUAAGUGGAUACCUCACACUGACUUUGAGUCCCCCCAGGUGUCUGAUCAGCAAUCUCCAGAAAUAUUCCAAGGUGAGGAUGAAAUAACUCAUGAGGCUAGGAAAAGAAAUCCACAAACUAAAGAAACUUACAAAAGUCUGCAGGAUCUCAAUGCCAUUUACUCAAUGCCAAGUGCAUUGGAUUCUAAGAACAAGGAAAUUGUCCUCAGUGCUGAUGAUGUUUCCAAUAUUCCAGUGUCUCCAGAGAAUACACCUUUGCAGUCAAAAAAGUUGAAGAGGUUGAGCCAGUCAGUACCUAUGCUUGCUGAGAAUGAUGAUACAGAGUCUCUGUCGGAAAGGAGCUUCCAGAUGAACAAGCAUGGAACGAUGGCAAGCUCUUUAACAAACAUUAGCAGCUCGCCUGGCAUGACAUCCAGAUCCUCUGUUAGUGGGAGUAUAAUGAGCAUAUACAGUGGUGACUAUGGAAAUAUUGAUGUCAGAGGGAAAAUUCAGUUUUCAUUGGAUUACGUAGACAAGUUGAAGGAAUUCCAUAUAUUUGUCGUACGUUGCUCAGACCUGGCUGCUGCUGAUGAGAAGAAAAAUCGAUCUGAUCCAUAUGUGAAAAGCUACCUGCUUCCAGAUAAAGUUAAAAUGGGUAAGAAGAAAACAUCAGUGAAGAAGAAAAGUUUGAAUCCAAUCUACAAUGAAAUAUUACGGUAUAAAGUUGAAAAAAAUGUUCUGAUGGCUCAGACUCUGAACCUUUCUGUUUGGCACAAUGACACAUUUGGACGAAACGAUUUUCUGGGUGAAGUAGACAUAGAACUUGAAAAGUGGAAUUGGAGUAACAAGCAAAUGGAAUGGUACAACCUGAAACCAAGGACAAUUACAUCUUAUACAACAGAUUACAAAGGUACCCUAAAAGUGGCUUUCCGUUACAUUCCACAGGGACACAAAGGGAAAAAAACAGGUGAAGUUCAGAUUUGGGUGAAGGAAGCCAGUAAUUUACCCCAAGUUAGGGCACAUCGUUUGGAUCCAUUUGUGAAAUGUUACGUUCUUCCAGACACAAGCAGAAAAAGCCGUCAGAAGACUCGGGUCGUGAAAAAAACCAGAAAUCCCAAUUUCAAUCACACCAUGGUUUAUGAUGGCUUUGGGCCUGAAGACCUCAAAGAUGCAUGUGUUGAACUUUCAGUCUGGGACCAUGAUAAACUGGUAAAUCAUUUCCUUGGAGGAUUGAGGAUUGGCCUUGGCACAGGUAAAAGUUAUGGAUUGGCAGUAGACUGGAUGGAUUCUACUGAAGAGGAAACACAAGUAUGGAAUAAAAUGAUCACCAAUCCAAAUAUGUGGGUAGAGGGUGUGCUUCCUUUGAGAAUGUUGAUGCUUAGUAAAAACAUCACAAACUGAACUGAAAUACUGAAUACAAAUGUUACAAAUCUGGGUAAGGUCUUUUUACAAACCAGUAUCAUGAAAUAUUUUUGUGGUCCAACACCAGAUAUGAUAAUAUGAGAAAAAAUGUUUUUGAUAAUUAUUUGCAUUGGACUAAAAAUUCUAAGUGCACUUACCAAAUAUAAGAAAAGCUAAAGCUAUAUGUUGCUAUAUUAAAUAUGUUUUACAAAGCUGAGAUAUUGUAAUUCAGCCCCAUUAACAUUGAAAUGAUUGAAGUAAACUAUUUCAUUCCAAAGUCGGUUUAUUAUCGAUGCUGUAAUAUUUUAGCUUGUAAAAAAAAACUAUCAUUAUUUUGUUUAUAUACUGUAUGAAGAUGAGCUUCAAUAGGAUGGAAAUUAUGCAAUAAUUCUUUCAUUUUGUGGCACUUGAAACAGUGAGUACAGUAUGUGCCUGUCACUUUAUAUGUGUAUUUAGCACUGCUAACCAAAGAUUAACUUCCACCCUUAUUCUUUAUAAUCAAUGAGAAUUUUUUUCAAAGUUAGGCAAGUAUUAAUGACAAAUAAAGUGUUUUAAAUGUUUUUGUUCAUGUAUGGUUGGCAAUGUAACACUACAGACAAGUAUAUUCAUAAUAAAGACACUACCAUUGA